AUGGACUUUACUUUUAACCCCCAAUGGGCAAACAUAUGGCAAAACGCUAUCCAAAACCCAGGCGAUCUACCCCAACCCCCGAAUACCAACAUGUACAACCCGGCAUUAGGCCAUCACAACUUGAACUAUGGCCAAACCGCGGCCAUGUUCGGCCAAAAUAAUGCCAUAUUUGGUCAGAAUGGCGCCGGUUUUGGUCAGAAUGGUGCUGUUUUCGGCCAAAAUGGUACUGCUUUCGGCCAAAACGGUGCUGAUUUUGGGCAGAACGGUGCCGGUUUUGGCCAGCUAGCCGGCUUCAACGAGGUUUAUCAGUCCAUGUACUCGCCUGGCUGUUACUCUGAAACCGCAACCAAUAACUUGAAUUGCGAUUUCAUGCUAAACUCGAACGUGCUAUUGAGGAUGCAGAAUUCGAUAGCCUUGGGCCAGGUUCAGGAUGCUUGUAAUUUUGUUGCUGAUCAGGUUCAAAAUGGUUUUGGCGGGAAUUCAAACGGCUUUUUGGGUGGCUUGACUGAUGCUGGAUCUAAUUUGCAUAGCUCUGGAGCUGAGCUUGGUACUGGUUCGCAUUCAAGUAAUCUUGAGUCUAAUAUUGGAAAUUUGGCCUGUAAUCUUGACUUUGAAGCUGGUACUAGUAAUAUUGACUCAACUGUUCCUCAAAAUCCUCAAAGUUCGGCCGAUAUGGCAAUUUCUCACGAUUCGACUAAUAUUUCAAAUCCUCAGAAUCUGAGCGAUUUCGAAGCUAUCUACAACAAUAUCGCAUCCAAUUCAAACCAACAAAAUUCUCAUUUAAACUCCCAAAGUUUGACUGAAAUUUUGAACCCUCAAGGCUCUAAAAGCCAUGCCAGGCCAAAAAAUCUUGAAAUGAAGUCGCCAGCUUCAUUUCCUUCAACCUCAGCUUCAACUAACGACCAAUUUGACAUUAAUUUAGUACCAAAAGCCGAGGUGCAAACGCCAAAUCGGCCGAAUAGCAUUGACUUUUGUAAUUUCGCACUUCCAUCCUCCUUCAAUCUCCAGUCCGCCCCACCCACGCCCCAAACCCCAUCCACCCAAUACUCUUUAUCUAACCAAUUACAGUACUCCAAAUCGGUACCGGCCAAUCAUCUACAGUACUCCAUAUCUGGGCAGUCGAAUCAGUACUUCAAGUCAAGCGCGGCUUCUCAGCUUCAGUACUCAAAAUCAGUAGCAGGAUCUCAACAACAGUACGCCACAUCGGUACCAGGUACUCAACAACAGUAUACAAAUUCUUCGACCGGUCAACCACAGUACACGAACCCUUCAACUUCCCAACUUCAGUAUCCCAAUACCGUACCCUCUCAGUACCCAAACUCAGUACCAUCAACCUCAAUGGCCCCAUCAACAUCGAUGAUACGGAAAAAGAGUACCAACAGUGGAAUCACAUAUCACCUGAAUCUACCUCCCAUCAACUCCAACAUACCAUAUCUAAGGGCCAGUAAAACGGUCGGCUUCAAUGUGGGCUUAGAAGAACAUAAGCCUCAGGUCAUAACGGAGAAGGAGAAGGUUGGUGUGAGGACAAUGCUACAGAGAAGUGAGUUUUUUAAUUUUAUAUUGUUCUUGAUAUUUAGGUAACAAAAAUAGCGAAGAUUAUUGGGUUUGCUAAAUAUUUUCUAAAAUUUUUUACCGAAAUUGAACAUUAUGAACUUUAAAUUCUUUCUGACCAUUUUAGUGGUUUUCCUAACAACUUUUUGACCACAAAACAUUAAAAUUCGUCCAAAAUCGAAAAAAAUCUGAUUUUCGUUUCUUUUCCACCCGGUUAUUUGCCAUUUUUGACCUCUUUCUUCAAGAAAAACUGCCAUUUUUUAACGACACAGUAAAUAGGAUAUCAAUAAAGAUAUUUUAGAGCUUACUUAUUUCCAAAUUUUUGGUAGGAAAGGCUAAAACCCGCCAAAAUGCGCCUUCAAACCUCAUUUUUACCCUUUUUUCUAAAAUUCGGCGCGAAAAAAUACUUUUUUCGAUCUUUUUUCAGCGCUUUUUUUGAUAAAAGAGCUGUUUUCCAAAUCAAUGAUAAUUUUAGAUACUCAUUAAUGAGCUCAUUGAUUUUUAUUUUGUCCGUUUUUUCAUUGUUUUAAGUGAAAUUGUCGGGUUACCUAACUUUUUUUUAAGUUUCAAGCAGUAUAAUGUAAGAAAACUCUUGAUUGAAUGUUUUCUUCAUUUAUUACCUUUUUCAAGUUAUACUUAAUAUAAAACCAUAAUUUUCAGCGAUAAUCCUCCACAAACGCCUGGACAACUGCAUUGCCAAUUGGACAUUCGCCUAUCAUGAUCAAUACUUCCGCAAGUUUUUGUCCUCCACCUUCUUCCUCCAAAACUCAUCGAUUUACUGCUCAAAAAUAGUGACAAAUGAAGGAAGUGUCUUCGGAAUGUAUGUUAUGGAUCAGGAUAGGACGGCACAGAGCUUGAUCAAGAUGGCAGGGACUUUGACGAGUGUUAUGGGUGGGUUUUUGAGUGGUUUUUGGAGGUUUUGAUGUUUUAGGGGUUGCUUCUUGAAGAUGUUGAUGUAUUUUAAAGUUUUUCAUUUAAAAAAAGAUCUCCGAUCUAUUACUUACCUAAACCUUUAAUUUUCAGGCCUCCAAAGGAUUCAGAUGAUGUCGGCCGAGAACUUGUUGAUGAACUUCUCCGGGGCAGUGAAACAAGAGAAUGGCAUUGAUCCACGACGAGCUGCUUCAGUUGAAAUGGCAAUGAACGAUGUUUUUACAUUGAUGGUAAGUUAUUUUAUUGUCUUUUUUGGAUUUUAGGUAGAGAAAGAUGUAUUUGACGACUUUUUUGUUGAAUUAGUCGUAUUUUACAAUUUUAGGUAACAAAAUUAGCUAAGUUUUUAAAACAAGAGUUUUAGCGGAUAGAUUUUGAAAAGUUUUGGAUUUUAGGUAACAAAAUGAAGAAAAAUAUAAAUUUAUAUUAAAGACCGAGCUUAUAAUAGUAUUUUAGGUAACAGAUCAAUAACAACUUAAAGUUUUAGAGAUAAAACCAAGCCUUAGGACACAAAACUCAAUCUUUUCCAAUUUUACAUUCCAAAAUUGACUAAUUUAAAUGUUUUUUCAGAUGAAACCGUCCAAUUCUCCCCAACAACCUUUCAUUCAACCUCGAAACGUGUUCUUCAAAUAA